AAGGUGUGCAUUAGCGGCCCCCCCUGUGCCCAAGGUAGAUCAUCUUGAUUCCGCCAAGGGCAAGGAGGUGGUAGCAAGGAAGCAUUUUGACGGAGGUAGAUCUUCUUAAGGAGAGAACAAGGAUGGGGAGUGAAUCAGAUGUUGGCUGUUUCGCGAAGGACCUGAGAGGAAAAUUGACUGCAGAGAGUGUCUGGAUGCGGCGCAUGAUUGCUUGGUGUCCAUGGCUCUCAGAGGAUGAUCUCAGGUCUCAUCUUGCGUUGGUUCCAUUGGGUUCACUGAUCCUCACGGCGCUGGUCUGCGUCUUGACUGCCAGUUGGCUUUCUUGGCUGGUGGGUAAAUGGAUCAUUGUUGGGGCAAAGGUCGGCCGUGAACGCAAACUGCGAUUGGCCCCUGGGCCUGCUGCAUGGCCGAUUUUGGGGAACCUGCUUCAGCUGCAAAGGCAUCCCCAUAGAAGCCUGGCCAAGAUGGCAGAGCAAUAUGGUGAGCUGAUGACCGUCCACAUGGGCACGACCCCUACGUUGGUGGUGUCCAGCCCGGCCGCCGCAAAAGAGGUCCUGCUCACUCAGGGAACCACUUUUGCCUCGCGACCGCUGCCGCCGACGGCCGAUGCCUGGUCAUAUGGCGGUCGAGAUCUCGGCCUCGCGCCGUACGGUCCACUGUGGCGCAAGCAAAGGAAGAUAGCCACUGUGCAGUUGUUCUCCCCGAGGAGGAUGGUGCAGGUGGAUGCAAUCCGACGGAGAUUCACCGAUUUCCUAGAGGAGGAGCUGUUGAGGAAAGGCCAAGAAGGAGCACACCCGCAGGAAGGAAGAAAUGAGGGCAGAAAGGAGGGGGGGGAUGCUUCCCCUCCUGCGGCCACCCUGUGCACUGAAACGACCUCUUACGGCAAUCCAGCCACCGUACAUGUGGGUGUAACAGACAAGUUGGACAACACCAAAAUCAGUAAAGACAGGCAGGCAACAGAUGGCCGAAGCUAUCAUCCUGAUCGGAAUGAGUGCGGGCCCAGCGGAGCAGCAGGCACCAUGGAUGGACUCCAUCCAGUGCACUUGCGAGAAAAUGUGUUUCAAUUUGCCCUGGACACUUUGACCUAUGUCAUAUUCGGCUGUCCUGUGUCACCUGCUAUGCGACGCCACGUGGCGAAAGCCCUUGCCACCAAAGGGGGUUCGACGACAACAACAAUGAAGACCAGAGUGCAGCACGAUGACGUUGAAGAUGCGACAGCGACGCUGAGCGAUGCGUCAGUCCAGACGAAGGGAGGAGGUGCUCCCAACGAUGACGACCAAAUGGUGAAAAUGUUCUAUGAGGUUGUCUUGUCAACGAUGCAGGCGGUGGCGACGGCACAGAUACCCGACUUUGUCCCAAGUCUGAGGUUCUUCUACAGGGGCUACCUUCAGCACGUGCGAGGGCUGUCAGACAGAUUCCGCGCUGUGACCCUGAAGCUCGUUGAAAAGAGGCGAGAAUUCCAACGAAAGGUCAGUGGGAGCAGUUGCACAACGCUCGACGAUCGUGACCAAGAAGCGUUGAGAGCAGCUGGAUUCAUUAAUCCGGAGGCAAUGGUGGACGUGGUAUUUGAUAACCUGUCUCCUCCUGGAUUCUGUGCGCCAAAGAGCUCGGAGGCUUCUAGCAUUAAGGACGGCAAUGUGGAAUACGGCGAGACGGAGGCCUGCAUGCUGUUAAUGGACCUGGUGUCAGGUGGCACUGACACAACGACCUCUGUAACUGUUUUUCUUCUGAUGGAAUUGCUGCAUCAUCCUGAGAAGCUGGCUAUGCUCAGGGCGGAGUUAGGCGAGGCUGUAGGAAUGCUCAAGGUUCCGUCGGAGAAUGAUCUGGAGAAUCUUCCUUACCUGAAUGCCGUUCUUUACGAGACGCUGCGUCUUCACACCCCCGCCCCUUUGCUUGUUCCCCAUCAAGCUACGGAUGACGCUGUAGUGUUUGGAUAUGACGUGCCAGCAGGGACUUCGGUGAUCGUCAAUGCUUGGGCUAUUAUGCACGACCCUCAGGUGUGGUCGGACCCAUGGRAGUUCCGCCCGGAGCGGUUCAUCCAAGACGGUUUGCUGGCCGACGACAUGCAUCCUGAUGGAAAGAAUUUUCGAUUCUUCCCAUUUGGAUCGGGAAGAAGAAUGUGCCCGGGAAUUCGAUUUGCACUGACCACUGUGCRAUUCGUUGUUUCCAGGUUGUUGCAGCGAUUCGAUGUCAUGUUGCCACCUGGAGUUCAGCCGGAAGACGUGGAUSUUACUGAACAUGACGGAAUUGUUAUCUUCCCGGAAAAUCCCAUGCCUGUCAUCUUCCGUCCRAGGYUAGUCGUGUCGUUGCAGCGAUUCGAUGUCAUGUUGCCACCUGGAGUUCAGCCGAAAGACAUGGAUGCUACUGAACAUGAUGGAAUCGUUAUCUUCCCGGAAAAUCCCGUGCCUGUCAUCUUUCGUCUGAGUGCCACGUCAGACACAGUGCCACGUAAGCAGUGCCACGUCAGAGACAGUGCCACGUCAGCAGUGCCACGUCAGCAGUGCCAUGUCAGACACAGUGCCACGUCAGCAGUGCCACGUCAGACAGUGCCACGUCAGCAGUGCCCCGCCACCAUGACGGGCGCAGCUCUGGGCAUGUCAGGCCAACUGGCCAAUGAGUCCAUUGCCGACUACAAAAAGCGCUUCCAGGCUCAGCUCGCUGCAAUCGAGGCUGAGGAACAACGCCAGCUGGCAGUCAAGGCUGCCCAGCUACAGGCUGAAGAAGCGGCAACAGCAGAGAAGCUGCGGCUACAGGCCGAAGUAGACGCAGAUACCCAGGCUCGCCGCAAGGAAGCCCAGGAUCUGCUGCUGCGGCAUGAAGCCAACAGCAUCGACAGACUCAAGUUCUGGCAAUUUGAACCGAACGGCGACGAACCAACACCGAAAGAGAAGCAUAAGGAGUUCAUGGCCAAGCUCGUGACAAGGCUGGUUUACACAUGUAACCACCUGCAGUCCGAGCUGGCAAACCUUCAGCGGGCUGUGCGGAACCAUAAGACUCAGCAUGAGGUGCCACACGGGCACUCGACGCCCUUGGGGAUCCACGAGGUCCCUGACCAUCUGUUCAUCAGUGCUCUGUUCAUCAACACCAAGGGAGGAUGUCAGAUCWGGCUCAGCCACAUGGCAACCAUCCACGGCGUCCAGGUUUCAGACCUACACAAUAAGGUCUCCUGGGCGGAUAUGGCAAAGAAAUGGAAGAAGCGGUUCAUAGUGGAUGACGCACCCCCGCUCGCCAUCAACCGCAUCUUCGCGAUGGCUCAAGGGAGCACACCGACACGUGACUGGCUCACGGAUUGGCAAAAGAUCGUGGCCACGCCCGAUCUGGACUUGCCAUUUCCGCAUCUGUGCCGUGAGUUCUACAACAGGUCAUGCGCCGCUCUGAGCCUCGCACUUGGUGAUCGCGAGCAGUACCACACUUUCGCAGAGAUCAUCAACAAGGCGAGAGAGAUCAUCAAGACCAACAGGUCAGCUGCACACGAGAAAUCAACAUGGCAGCCGAACUAUGUGGAGAAGGCACGAACUGGUCCGCGACAGCAGCACUUCGCUGCAGUCCAGCAGGACAGUGGAGAUAACCCAGCAGCCACUCCAGCAUCAAGUGACGGAGAUCAAGUGGUUGUUGUCCAGCCGCGAAGCAACAACAAGUCCCGCAAUAAUGGGAAGGCGAAAUCCACAUCGCAGGCCGAAAAUGGACAGCCAGUACAAGUUCCAUGGGUCAAGUUCGGCUUGACCGAGGCGGAGUACAAAGUCCGCGGCCGAAUGAGCACCUCCCCUUACACAGCAGAGCAGGAUGCGAAGGCCGCCGCCAUCCUGAAAGAAAGAAGGGAGAAGGAGGCCAAGAAGAAGGCCUUGAUAGAGGAACAAGCUGCAAAGUUGAAGAAGAUUGAGGAGGAGAUGGCUAGAGAAAAAAAGAGGUUAAAGAGAGAAGAAGAAGAGAAGCUCAAGGCGGUAGAAAAGGAGGAAGAGGUAGAAGAACAGCCACUAGAAAGGCGAAGGGCAGGAGGAAGAGGUGAAUCCAGUGGUACAAAAGAAGACCAGAUGGAGAAGAAGAUUACGGAGUGGGUUGCGGGUUUGUCCCUGGGAGAAGAAGAAGAGACACUGAUGUAUGUGCCCAGGGAAGAACAAGAGGCCACCAUGAAAGUGUGGGAUGCAGAGGAAGACCCACUCAGGCGGCAGACGAUAAAGGAUGAGAAGAGGAUGGAGUGGAAGUUCCGAUUGAUGAGGGAGAGGAAAAGAAGAAUGGAGGCGGCGAGCCAGGCGGCAAAAGAAUUGGAGGAGGUGAAAAUGCAAAGAGAGCAGAUGGCGACGCAGGUGGAUCUAUUGAAGAAGAUGGAGAUAAUGGCGAGGAACAUAGAGCGCCUGGCACAAGUCCAAGAAGAACAAUAUAUGUUUAGUAGAGGUCAGGAUAUUGCCUUACGCUUUAUACGGCUGGGGCUCCCGGACUUCGCCAGGGAAUUGGCGACGCAGGUGGGCUCAGAGGUGAGGGCCCGCCUAGAGGGCACAAAACGUUAUUGCACGGGCGCCAUAGAAGGCGCCAAACUGGUCGCUCCCAAGGAGGAGGAGGCACGUCCCCGUAGGGAGCCCACUAUGGUCGAAUUCCCGGAUUCCUACAACGGGAAGAAGGAAGAAAAUUUUGAUAAUUGGGAAGCCAAUAUCAAAACGUACAUGCACUUGCAGAAAGUCGCCCUGGACGAGCAUGUUCUAAUAGCGAUUCACGCUCUUAAGGAGGAAGCAACAAACUUCGAUCGUUCCCUGUGUCGUGCCGCCAACUGCAACGAUGAUCUCGUUGCCUAUACUGCGUUUACGCCCCUCAAUGAUUUUCUUAAGUUAUUAAGGGAACAUUUUGCAGACGUCUCACGUAGUGUCAAAGCCUCUAAUAGGCUGCAAAACAUCCACUCCCGCCAGUGGAAGAGUGUCAGGGCACUCAAGGGCGUAAUGGAUGAGUUAGUCGCCAUCUCGGACCAUGGGGUCACAGAGACCCAAUUGGUCAACCUCUUCUACCGGGCUAUGCGCGAACAAUUACGAGGGCACUUCUUCGAGAAGAGCUAGCAGCCCACCAUGACCUACGACGCAUUGAGCAAGGAAGU